UUAACAAAGAAAUACAUAUAAUCGUUGAUGUAGUGAUGUUUUUUUUUGUUAGGACACAGCGCUAACAUGAACUAACACGUCUCAUGGAUGUUCUUAAACAUUAAAUAUAAUUAGAAACCGUUAAAAAAAAUAAAACACUCCAGAACUCGCGGUUAUAUGAAACGAAUUAAAUAAUUUAGGGAGUGGAGUUAUUACAUACGCACUGGCAACCCUGAGUCGGAUUUUAAACAGAUGUUUUUUUUUUUUGGGAACAAUUUGGCAACCCGUCCCGGUUUAGGAGCAGCGUUGUCCCGUUCAAGGCGACCGGCGAGAGGCCGUAUCCUAAAUGGCAAUCUACUCCUCAGGCACGCGCACUAUCGCUGUGAAUGAAUCAUGGCUUCUGCACCCUCAGUAGUACACUACAUAUUAAAAGCGGAGCGCUUUAGGAUUCGGCCGCGGUCUGUUGACUUUAGCCGGAGAUGGUUUUAGCUCGCAGUAAAUGAUUUUUUUUUUGGCUAAAAGUACACGUUUAGAUAUAUAUAUAUUUAAUCCCAGAAUAAUAAUUAAAAAGAGUUAAAUGUUUGUCGUGAGAAGCUGAAAAUAAUUUUCAACUAUUUAUUAUUUUUGUUUAGCCAAGCUAGCUUCGUGGUGAACUCGAUAUCAAUUUAGCCACACAACGCUAGCUAGCUAGUUUAGCUUGUAACGAUAACCGACUCUUUGAGAGAGCUCUUUUUCUUGAGUUUACUUGUGCUUCGUUUUCUGUGUUAUUAUAUGUGAGGAGAUUAAUGUUAAAAUCCUGACGUUUCAGUGUACUUUACUAAACAGCACGACUCGGGAAAGUGAAGCCUUUAAUUCUGGGUCCGAUUCGAUUCCGUCGCUGAUAGUGUGACGUCAUCAGCGGUAUUUGUGUGAAACCGGGACAUUACUGUUACCGCGGUGUGAAUUUAUUUAGCUUCGGCCAUGUCGAAGGUGGAGCGUCUGAACGCUCGGGUCAGUAAGCUGCUGACGGCGGCGGUGCAGGAGGUGCUGGAGGCCGUGAGGGAGACGGUGUCCGAGUACCAGGAGAAGACGGCUCGGACACAGCGGGAGAACGAGAGACUGAGGCGAAGGUUGCAGGAGCUCAUGUCCAACAGACACUCUGGUGCGGAGGACGUAGCGAGACCGACCGACUCGGAUUCGUUAUCAAGCGGUGUCGCUCAGAAGGAAGAUGAGCUCAAGCGGGAGACAGGGAGUGACCGAGACAGACUGAAACCCGGUCCUGCGGUUUCUCAGGUCGCGCAUUCGUCCUCGUCCCAGCCUCGCUUUGAAGCCUCCGAUCCAAAAGUCCCUUCGCUGUUCGGUGUCCGAGCCGAGGUUUCAGCGCCAGACUACGUUUCCUGUAACGCGCAGUCGCCUGAGCGAACGAACUGCGCCGCUACAGAUUUCACCCCGAGUGUGAUCAAAACCGAAACGGAAAACGAGGCGUAUCCCAGUUACGCUUCGCAGACUUACGCUUACCGGACGGAGCACAUGACUGCGCAGAGCACGCCGUCCCGCACCGCCGUCGUCCCGUUUGCGCAGUUCGACGGCUCUUUACAGAGACUCAUGACCGAGGACAUGGAGCAGAUCGGCGCCGUAUUAGACGGUGACCAACCGUUAAACGGUUUAUCAUACCGGAGGAGCGGGUGCAGCUUCCGGGUGCGGCUGGCGGAGAAGCGCUUCUGCUGCGCGCUCUGCGGCCGCACCUUUAGCCACGCCGGCGACUUUAAGAAGCACAAGCGCGUGCACACCGGCGAGAAGCCGUACCUGUGUACACUGUGCGGGAAACGCUUCAGCCAGUCGGGGUACCUGAAGAUCCAUCAGCGCUACCACACGGGAGAGAAACCGUACGCCUGCAGCACGUGCGGGAAACGUUUCAGCCACUCGAGCAAUUACAAAAAACACCAACAGACUCACGUGGCUCAGAGUCUGGGCAGUAAUUUAGUUUAAGAGAGUUUGUUUGGACAUUCGGAGAACCAUACGAUCCGGAGUUUGUUUUUUUUACUCGCAUGCUGGUUUUCUUCACGGCCACACUGCUUUUCAGAUUAUAACCACAAUGUGAGAAAUGCCAACAUUUUCUGAAAGUCUUUCUAAGAAAGACAAAAAUUUAGGCAAGUUGAUUUUUAAAAAAAUUCUUUUUGAGUUUUCUUUUAAAUUAUAUAUAUAUAUAUAUAUGUUCAAGUAUGUACAAUGAUUUCGUAAUAAAUUUUUCCUUUUGUUUUCACAGCCGGAUCGUGUGUGUUUUUAAACGAUUGAAUAAUACCGUUAAACUGUGAUAUAAACAAUGAGCUCAGACUGUGCAUUCAUCAGUAGAUCCAUACUCGCACAAUUAUUAUUAAAGGGGUCAUAUGAUGCUUUUUUUUUUUUUUAAGGUGUGUAAUAUAUCUUUGUGCAUGUAUAAGAUCUGCAAAGUUACAAAGCUUUGUACCUAACUAACUAACUAUAACAGAGAACACUGCUCCAGACCUGCCUAAAACACCUCGAUUGAGGUCCAGAUAUCAUUUCCGCAAAGGUCUGCGUCACAACUUGAAAUAUAUUGUGGCUUAAAGCCACUGUAAUUUAUUACAUUUUUAAUUAAUAAAAAUCUUUUAAAACUGUAUUUUAUGUCAUCGCUUCAGGACAUGACGUUGUUAAAGUGAAGAAGACAAACAAAAUCAUUAUAACGUCGUAUCGGAGUUCCUUAGAUGCCAAAGCUCGAUUACGUGAUUAAGGGGCGUUACAGUUCUGAUACACGCUUGAAGUUUUUGGCCAAUCAGAGCACUCUGGGAUUUUUGGAAGGAGGGGCUUUGGAGAAUCCAGAACUCAAAUCAGAGCGACUAGGAAUAGAGUUACUGUGAUAAUGUACAGUUUGUGAAAAAUUAUUAUUAUUUUUUUUUAAACAUUAAAGCAUGUUAACCUAUUCUAUUACACCCAAUAAACAAAAUUUUAAAAUCAUCAUACGACCUCUUUAAUGUUAAUAGCAGACACGUUAUCAGGGGAGGAAACUCGGAGAAACGGAGGUAUUGCCGUCUCUGUGACAGUUCUGACCGGUUUUAAAUAAAUAAACAAUAAACAUAGUGUGAUGAAGCUGAGUUACCGUUAACCGUUAAUAAUAAAGCUGAUUAUUUUCCUUAUAACUGCACAUCCCAACGUGUUUUAUUCCUCUUACUCCACAGCAAUCUGCCAACAAUUUUAUGCAGGUUCAAGCAAGUGAUCAGAUACGAAGCUCACAGGACAAAGAAAGGCCCUGAACAUGAAUGUGCUGUGCUUGCGCCAUGUAUUUACAGUCUUCGUUCAUUCACUCAUCCUUAGUUACUGCCUGGUCAGGGUUGCGGUCUUUUCAAUUUCGGGCAACAUUAAAGCACCUGGUGCUCUCAGGUGGAAACUGUCAUCUGAAUCCAGUGCACUGCCGAGUUCCUAAAGAAGUACCUCAACU